GUUAUUUAUAUGGUUUAAAAUGUUGAAACUAGACUUGUGAGAGUUUUUAUGAUCACACUCAUCCUAAAAACUCACUAUUGACAACACUCAAAGACAGUUUUAUGCCUUUAAGUUGAGGAGGGAAGAUUAAGGAAAUCAAGCAAAACCAUGAAUCUUUAAGACAUAAAUGAGACAUUCACAACACUGAGAUAUCUGGGGAAGAGGAAGAGUGGGAUCUGAACCCUAUUGCUUAAAUUACGACAGGCUUGAACGCUGCAUCUGCCGGUUUGUAUAUCGUUAGGUUACUUUGUGUGGGGCGGAGAGCUGGAAAGUUCAUAACCUCCUGUGUCUGUGUAGUUUUCGGGUAGGUGGACAGUGAAUUGCCCUUUGAAAACCAGACAGGUAUGUUUCUCGCCGAAUAUUUCCUGGUAUUUCACAGAUCUUCCUUCUCAAAAUGGAUUGGUUUAACUGUAUGAUAGACUACAGUUGAAUCAUCUAUCAGCCUUUUUUUUAAGCUAAAAUUGUUAAAGACCAUACUCACAAUUGUUUAAAAAUGUAUAUUAAUGUUUAUUAGUUUGACUGUAAACACUAAAGUAAUUUAAAACGUGUCUUUACUGUUAUGCCAGUAAAGGACUUGAAAUACCUGUUGGAAAACAAAAUGUGAGUUUAUGGUGAUGUUGUGUGAUGAAAACUAUAUUUAAAGUAGAUUUUCAGUUUUAUGUUCAGCCUUUGUGUAUUUGUUGGUGUGUUUAACUGACUCUCCACCUUUCACCAUUUCACAAAUAUCAGUCAAGCAUUGACCAUGCACUGACAGCUGUGAUUUCUGUGAGUACACUUUACUUAGUUUUCUCCCCUCAGAAUAUGUCUUCAAGGAAAAUUGCAAAAAGUAAUCUAUGCAGCCUGUGGAUGAAGACCCUUGGUCAUCUGGUGGUGCUGUCCUCUUUAAACCCUUGGGUUUCUGCAUACUCUGAGAGAGAAAGAGUACAUGACUUGAUGUCCAGAUAUCCUCUUAUUGACGGGUAAAGGCGGUUUAUCUGUCAGCCUACACAGCAGUUAUAUUCAUUGGCACCAAUGAAUGGAAUCUAAUUAGAGUGCCUCUUCAUCCGCUCCUCUUUCCUAACACGCUCUGUCUCCAUCUGUCAGUCAUAAUGACCUAGCUCUUCAGCUGAGGAUUCUUCACAACAAUCGUUUGAGCCAAGUCGACCUUCAUAAUGUCAGCAAAGUGGCCACUGAUAUCACCCGACUUCAAGCAGGCCAUGUACAGGCACAGGUAUUGUAUUUAAACAAAUCUUUCACCUCUGAUUCAAGUCUGUUUUGAAGUGUUGAAUACUGUAGAGAUUGGUUUAUCAUAAACAGACAUAUUCCUCCUACCCAUACUGUCUGUUUCAUAACCUGACCUGGUCUAGAGUGACCCCUGUAACUUGAAUGUGUCUGCUGUUCUCUUGUGUCCUCCAUCCCUUUGUCAGGUGUUUGCAGUCUAUGUGUUGUGUGGGGCCCAGGAGAAAGAUGCUGUCAGGCUGACUCUGGAACAAAUAGAUGUAGUUAGACGCAUGUGCACUGAGUACCAGGACUUUGAGCUGGUCACAUCUGCUCAGGGUAAAUGCAUCAAGACUUAUUUGCCCAAAGAAGUAGAAAAACAAAAAUACCUUUGAUUUUUUUGUGGAUUUUCACAGUUUGUAGGAGCUUUUUCUUCCUUUAACAAGCUUAUAUUUGUUUGCUUUUGUCAGCUAGUGGCUUGGCUAGAUGAAGGUACAUUAAACACUGUGUGUACUUUUUGUGUCAUACAUGUAUGUUUGUAUUUGCAGAGUUGAAGAAUUCUGCAAUGAGACACAAGAUAGCCUGUCUUAUAAGUAUUGAGGGCGGACACUCCAUUGACAGCAGCCUGCCAGCUCUUCGGAUGUUUUACCAGCUUGGGGUUCGCUCCAUGGCUCUCACACAUACCUGCAACACCCCCUGGUGAGCACAGAAAGCCUUAAAAAUCAACUGUGAUUACUCUGACUCCUAAAGACAGUUUAAAUAUCACAAAAACACAACACGUAGUAAGGACUGUAGUAAUGCAUAUAUUUCAAUGUACAAUCUACCUGUUGUUUUAGAUUGUUAUAUUAAGACUUCAUUUGCAAGCUUAACUAGCAAAAAGCGUCUGGUUCUUAUCCAUUUUAAUUUGUCUUUGCAAAUAACCUUCUUUUAUUCUCUUUAAAAUUUAGCAUUUUAUAUAAUUAAAUGUACCCCGUUUACCUGCUGUGAUUGAAGCAUUGUUUGUACAUGUUUUAUAUUUUGUUGUAAUGAAAGAUACAAAAGACUUCCCAGUUUUGUUUUUGACAUUAUUUUACAUCAAUCUAGGGCUGAAUCCUCCUCCAAGCUUUACAAAGUUUAUCAAAGACACAACAACAGUCUGACACACUUUGGAGAGGUAAGCCUAUUUUCUAAUACCGACCACUAACCACUUAUGUGUCGUAAACUUAAUGACAUAGAACGAUAACGUCAACAUGUUUGCAUAUUUUGGCUAACUCUGGGUUCCAACUGUCAAUCUCUUCACCUUUGCCACACAGUGAUAACUAUUCAUGACUAUCAGAAAUAGGAUUCAUAACAAUGGUUUACAUUGACAGGGAUUGACACCCAGUGGAAACUUUGUGCUGAGUGUAGUGUUACUGCUCUGUCUUUAGUUAAAGAAGGACUGGAGGGCUUGCAAGAAUCGGUUAGCCAACCUUUAGCCUCACCAAAAUCCUUCUCAUAAGCCCUAAAACUGUGGACUAAAGCAAACCACUAUGACCCCACCAAACAUUUCUCCAACAAAUGUUUUUUUUUUCUGUUUUGUACUUUGCCUUGACUAAGCCAACCCCUCCCAGAGUUAUCUUUCUUUUGCUUGAACUUCUUUGAAGCCAACCAAAAGUUUACCUUCGCAUACAUACGGCAGUUUUCUGGAGCUGACAUUUGGAGACAAGUGCCCUCCAAGUGACCCUCCUUGUUCCCCGCCACUGCACUUUUCUUAUUCUUCAUGUCCACAUGGCCACCUUCAAUCAUCAUGUUUUCAACUCACAAUCAGAUUGUGAUCAAGAGCUCUGAUCCACUCAUUUCUGAGUGUCCAAGAUGAUCCAACAUGAUGCAGAUCUGACUCUGGUUCAACAACAAAAUACCUCUCUGGUUUAGAACAGACAAGCUUUUCUUCCCAUUUAACUCAAGAUUUCUCAUCAUUUUACAUCUGAGGGUCAAAGUCUCCCAGUUGCAAUUAAAGAAUCCCUCAACAGAAUCCUUUACAGGAUGCAAAUCUGCAAUGAGACGAGACUCAAAGAAGGAAAGAUACCACAGCAGUCAGAGCCCUGACAUUUAGAUAACCAGCAAUGAGCUUGUGAGGAUCUUCAUGUUCCCACAGGGCCUCUAACCCACAGCUUGGCUUGACAAGAAAUGACUGCAGCCCCUUCCAGGAUUUUGAUUCCCAAUACCAGUGCCCUGCAUGGAAAAUUGUAUUCUCACUAAUCAUUUUAUUGAAGUUAGGCAUUUAACCGAAGCACUUCUUAACCAUAAAUUGGACUCGCAAGCCCUCUUACAGGAAAUGUUUAUUACUGCAAAUCUAUUUAUUGAUCCAAACAGCCAGUUGUGCAAUCACAAUCUUUUCAGAGGGAUCUUUCAAACAGCAGCAUGCAGGACUGUCUUGGUUAUAGCUCAGAUGAAUGUUUUUGUGUACCGGUAUAUGUAUGUACAACAUCUCAGGCCUAAAUCUGUUAACUUUCUCUCUUGGUGAUUUUGUGAAGUGCUUCUUAAAUAGGUUAUAACACUGUUUUCAAGGCUGUGGUUGAGGAGAUGAACAGACUGGGGAUGAUAGUGGACCUUUCUCACACUUCUUGGGACACAGCCAGGGCCGUGCUGGGUCACUCCAAAGCUCCUGUGAUUUUCAGCCAUUCAUCUUCCUUCUCUAUCUGUAACCAUAGCCGCAACGUACCUGACUGGCUGCUGAAGGAGCUGGUGAGACAACCAAUUUACUAAGCUUCUAUCACUUUCCUAUGGUCUUAUCAAUGAAAUCACAAAUUAAUUAGUAUCAUUAUAGCUUUAUGUCCACAUAAAGAAAUACAAUAAAUCUAUCUAAGCACAGCUGAGGAUUAGAUAGUUGAUUUUUCAUCCUAAGGAUAUUAUUGUAGGAUCAAGAAAUUAAGUGUAUUUUAUUUAAAAUUACAUCGCUGGUAACAUCAAAGUGGUUAAGAAAUUAAGAUCUGUUAAUGAACAUCUGCUCUUAUUGGAAUUCAGACUGUUUUAAUAAGCGAUUCAAGUGCAAAUAAUUAUUUUUAUUUAUUUAUUUAACUUCACUUUUACUUUUAUUGAUGUAUUUAUCUUUUAUUCAUAUGUUCAUAUGACUAAUUUAAUUAUUUCUUAGAGGCUAUAUAUAUGUUCUCUGUUUACUGUAUUUUCUAUCUGGUUUUAUGUUUCGCAAUUGUUAUUUGUUAAAAGUUUUCAAAUUACAUCAAUAAAAAUAUUAAAUAGCAAGAGAUGAGGGGCUGUGAGAUACAAACAAGCUAACUAAUAAAUGAAGGAAUAAAUAAGUAAAUAUCAAUAUUAUGAAGCUGGGAUAAUCUUAUUUGCCCCUCAGGCUGUAACAUUGAGGUUGAAGUAUUAAGCUACCAACACUUUAAACGUCAUAUUCCUCAUGUCAGCUCCUUCCCUUCGUCUCUCAGCCAAACUACAAAUAUCUCUUUGAAUUUCCAGGUAUCCCCUUAAUUAUUUUGAGCUUUAACCAUGUGUUUCUUUUAUUGUUAAUAGACUAACACUGGGGGAUAUCAGUCCUCCAUUUAACUUCCCCGUCCGAUCAAAACAGUGUGUUGGCCAACGUGUACAUAUUCUGAAAACUACUGUGUUAAAUCCACAGAGAAUUUGAAGCUGAGUUGUACAAUUUCUCAGCUCAUUGUUGUUGUAGAAGUAGUGCCACUGCACUGUAGUAAUGCAUGUAUAUUUCUCCUGCUUAUCUUCAACUGUGUCCCUUUCUGAUCUGCCAUGAUCAGGCAUGUUUCUCAUUACGUCUUAGAUUUCCAUGAGUGGGUUGCUUAAAAAUCCUGCUGGUUUACAUAAGGCCAAGCUCUCAGCUAGUUGGACAAGACAAGUAUGAACCUGAGGUUUGCCACAUCUAUGUAUAAGAGUAACAAGUGAAGAUAAGGCUGCCGAAAUAACUACUCAUGUUCAAAAACUGCCCCCAGAAAAAACUUGUUUUACCUGCAAUGUUUCUCUAACAUCUCAACUUGUCGGUGACGCUGAUGUGUUUGUGUUUUUAGAGAAAGAAGCAAGGAUUGAUUAUGGUAAAUCUUCACAGCAAAUUCAUUUCUUGCAAGGAUGACGCCAACAUCUCUCGUGUAGCUGGUAAGGCCACCAUGUUCAAUGUUUAUUCAAAAUGCAGAGAAUCUUAUGUUGUUAUUUCUUAUCUUCAGUUUUAUGUGUUAUUCCACCUUGCUUUUGCAGAUCAUUUUGAUCACAUCAGGAAUGUGAUUGGAGCUCAGUCGAUAGGAAUUGGAGGAGACUUUGAAGGUGCAGUGAGGUGAGAGAAAUCCGGUGUGCAGAUAACCAGAAGCAAAUUCAAACACUGAAAAUCCACAGCGCUGUGAGUGUUCUUGUGUUUUGUAUUUUUUCCCUGGCUGCCCCAUGAUAAGAAUAAACUGGGUCAUCAGAGACAUAUCUUACUGACAGUAAAUACAGAUGAUGCUUUUACCAAAAAAAGAUGAAUAAAAAGCUCAUGUCAGUGUACUGGUUCACACUUGUUGUUGUUGCUCACUGCACAACAUAUUCCAGGCUGUUGUUGAGCCAGAUCAAUUUUGUGCUUGUUAGUCUGACAUGCUAUCAGCAAUUAGGCUUUCUUGGCUGUCAACAGGCUGCAAAUGGUAAAAAUCAAUAACUGUGUACUUAUGAAAGCCAUAAAAAGUGGGUCUGCUGCAGCACACUCACAACACAAUGGUGAGCUUCAAAUGUGUGUGUUUUCUGAUUUCUGCCAUCAAGAAACAAUAAACCAUCGAGAUUGAGGUAAAUGGUAAUACUGUUACUUGUAUACUUAUAUACUCAUACAGGUUGAUAAUGUAUUAAAUAACUGUAUGAGUGAGUUUCUUUUACAAAAUGUGUGUUGAUUUAAUUGAAUUGAAUUUAUUUUUUGCAGCUUUCCUCAGGGGUUAGAGGAUGUGUCAAAAUAUCCGGCCCUGAUCCAGGAACUCCUGCAAAGGAACUGGACUGAAAAUGACCUCGCUGAUAUCCUUCGAAGAAACUUCCUGCGAGUGUUUGAGGAGGUGGAGAGGGUGAGCCUGCUGAUUGUUAAAGCAAAAUUCAUGUACAGUUAACAUUAAAUGCUUUCUCCACCUGGCAGAUUUUGAAAACCAGUCAACUAAAGAUCAGCGAGAACAAACUCCAAACAUGACCUCUUUCUCCAUCUCAUUUUACUGUACAUCCAGGUCAGUGAGGAGUUAAGUGCGCACCUGCCUAGUGAAGUCCAGAUCCCUGAUAAGGAGGUCCAGAACCCCUGCAGACUGGACCUCAGACAUCCCUCCAGGAAAAGGCCACCCUCUGACCAGAGUCCCUCCUCUAAAGCCCAACAAAGACCAACAGGUCUGUUAACCCAAGCUGUGGUUCUACUGAUUUCAAGCCUGCUCCUGAUGGACUGAAGUUUUGGUUCAGCUUCUCUUUCUUCUGAGGUGAAAUGAGAUUGCAGAAGCUGUGCAUGGAUCAACCCUGCACUUCACAUACCAAUAGAGAUCAGAAGAGACUAAUCCAAGUUUGACAACCAGUAUGAAGAGUCAGUGUGGUGCCCCACUUAAAGAGAUGCAGCUGUUGAUACAUUUGCCACAUUAAUUUAAAAAAAAGAUUGUUUGUCCUCUGACACUAUUGGUUUUUAACUAAUAGGGUAUAUUUUAUGUUACUGAGUAUUUUUGAAGUGUGUGGAGGAGUUUUAUUUAGAGCAGAAUCAUGAUAUGUUACUGAUGAAUCAACUGCAGAGAUGAGUAUUAAAGAUAGUUAUUUUCAA